UACCGCCUCUGAACGUCGAAAGCGUCGCGAGGACGAUUAUUGACUUUUUUUUUUUUUUUUUUGUGGUGCGUCAACAACAUCUGUAGCUACAAAGAAACGCCUGGACACACUGACAACGAAACUUAAGGAAAAAGUUUUUUGGACGGCUAACUUACACUCUCACCCAGUUUCUUCUUCUUCUUUUUUUUUCUUCUUCUUCCUAACUUCUCGGGAAAGAGUGGGAGGAAGGAAGGAUGGGAAUAAGUCAGAUUUGAAGCAAGGGAGUUGACAUGUUUGAAAGCGCUGAGGGCUGAGGAAAGGGAGGAACUGCUUCUUCUGCCGUGUGUGUGUCCCACAAAGACGACUGUCUGAUGUCCAAGGAGACUGUGCUUCCUGCGGAUGGGCCGGCAGGGCGAGGAAAGGGCCCUCAGCAAGAGACAAGUCCCCUGUUGUCAGCCACACAACAAGAUGCUUGUGACAGUGAAUCAUCAGGAAGAACACCGUCUCCCAGGAAACCAGCCACUGAAGGACAAAGUCACGUGACCAAGGAGAAGUCUAAUUAUUGCGAGCCUGUAAGAACUCAACCUCAGUCUGAGUCUCAGCCAUUGCCCUCGGAGCCUGACGAGGGAGACACCGCCAAGGACCAAAAUGGCAUCGGCCACAACAGCACUGGCACGCCUGCGCUGAGUAACGGCAACGGAAUCCACCCUGGCAUCGGCGGGGCUAGGGCCACGUGCACAUGCUCCUGUGGUGCCAACAUCAGCAAGGGUGCCAUGGGUGGGUCAGGGCCUGGCCCAAAGGCAGCGCCGAUGAUAGAGCAGCCCAGGAAGCAGACAUCCAUGCCCGUGUCGCAGAGGAUGCAGAAGAAGUUGAGGUCCAGCUUGUCAGUCAACAGUGACAGCAGCAGACGCAGUAAAGGCAGUUCCACCGGGUCGCAGAAACCUCCUUUACCAGAGGACUGCUGCGUCCACUGCAUCUUGGCCUGCCUGUUCUGCGAGUUCCUGACACUUUGCAACAUGGUGGUGGCGCAGGCCUCAUGCGGCACGUGCACAUCAGAGGCUUGCUGCUGCUGUUGCUGCACCGAGGACAUGGGCGACGACUGCAACUGCCCCUGUGAUAUGGACUGCGGCAUCAUGGACGCCUGCUGCGAGUCGUCAGAUUGUCUGGAAAUCUGUAUGGAGUGCUGCGGCAUCUGCUUCCCCACAUAGGAAGAUCCGGUGCUGGCAUGGACCAGGGUUUCUCUGCAGGGGAUAACUGGACCCUGGAUGGAAAACUAGAAAGAAACUGCUGCUGCUGUCAUUUUGAAUUCAGCACCAGACAGAGGGAACAACAGUGUGUGUGUUUGUGUGUGUCUGUAUGUGUGUGUGUGAGGGUCAGCAUAUGUGUUUGUAAUGUCUUUUUUUAAAUGUGUCAUGACAGUUGUGUGUGUGUGAAGUAGUGUGAUGUGGUUGAGGAAAGCAUGCUUUGAAAGAUGUAUUUUGACACUGGGCUUCUCCAUCAAAACCAGCUCAGCAGGGGCUAGAAGUAACUCCAGAUAAACUCGCAAUAUGAACAUGUCAAUUAAAUCUUCAGUGUAUAGUUAUCUGUUGUUAAGUAUUCUAUCCUUUGCGUAAAAAGAAGUACUAUCGCAGACUGUCUUAAAGAUUUUAUUGUUACAUCAGGAAUGCUGUCUAAUUGUAUCUUAUCUUGCCUCUUUUUUUCAUUUUGAUGACUGAUAUGUUGCAUACACUAACAAAAAU